AUGUCCAAACGAUGGAAACCUUUAGUAACAUUGAUUGCUACUGGUGUAAUCGUUCCUUACUUGCAUUUUGGACCCUUUUUAAAAAGUUGGUGGCAUGUCAGAAUGUCACAGGAUAAUGGAACAAAAAUUGAACGUUACUACCCCUUUCGACUUGGCAUGAAAACACAAGUAAAGCUGAAAAAUAGACCCUUAACAAUUCGAGUUGUUCAAGGAAAUAAACAUAAUAGUUUGUUACCGGGAUUUUUGUGCGAAUCUUUAUUAGAAUCUAAUGAAGAAGUUGAAAACGACCCUACGAGUGCUAUUUCAAAAUUGUAUAAAAAAAUAUUUCAAAAUGAAACGCGUUUUUCCAGAGUGUUAGUGAUGGGUAUGGAAGACAAUAAUAUUUUAGAUGAACUUGUAAUGAUACAUUCAAUCGGUAUACCAACGGAACAAAGAGAUUUGUAUGGAUUUGCUUCAUCUUUCCUCUAUUAUAAAUCUAAAGAACGAGUUUUAUUUUUUCAAACUGUCGAUGAAAAUGGAUAUUCCAUUUGUGUUUACAAAGAAAAUCAAUUAUCUGAAGAAUUUCGCGAAUCAGAUAGCUAUGAAUUUUGGAUCCGAUCAUCUGAUCCUGAAUCAGAUAAAGUGAUGAUCAAUAUGCUUUAUCAAAGUAGUUUCUUACGGACAAUACCAAAGCAUAUAUUCAAUGCCACAGAAGUAUUUUGGAAAUGUUUUGAGCAGCGUCUGAGUUUGAAUAAAUGUGUUUCUAAUGGAAAACAAAGAAUACUUUCGAUUAUUGAAGAUAAGUUUCCUUAUAAAGAGUUACAAACUAGACUUCAUGUAAAUACUUUAUAA